AUGCGGCUCUUCUCCCGGGCGGCGUAUUUGGCCUCUGUGGCGCUUGUGUCGCUGGCGCUUCUCCUCGGGCCCGUCAACGCCUCGCGCGGCGACCGCCUCCCCGAGUUUAAGGACUGCGUAAAGAAAUGCCACGCCACCCACUGCCUCUCCGACCCCCCCGCGCCCAUCCCCCUGCACCUCCGCCUCCUCCUCUGGUCCUGCCCCUCCGAAUGCGACUACACCUGCCAGCACGCCGUGACAACCUCGCGCUACGCCGCCGGCCAGUCCAUCGAGCAGUUCCACGGCAAAUGGCCGUUCGUGCGCCUCCUCGGCAUCCAGGAGCCCUUCUCGGUGCUCUUCAGCAUCCUCAACGGCUACGCCCACUACCGCGGCCAGCAGACCAUCCGCCGCGAGCUCCCCCGAAACUACCCGCUCGUGCCCUACUACCGCCUCUUCGGCCUCUUCGGCAUCGUCACCUGGUUCUGGAGCGCCGUCUUCCACAUGCGCGACUUUGUCUUCACGGAGCGCAUGGACUACUUCGCCGCCGGCGCCAGCGUGCUCUACGGCCUCUACCUCGCCCCCGUGCGCGUCUUUCGCCUCUACAAGCCGCACCACCGCCGGCUGCUGCGCAUCUGGACGUGCGCGUGCAUCGCGGCGUACGCCGCGCACGUCUACUACCUCUCCUUCAUCAAGUGGGACUACGGCUACAACAUGGCGGCCAACGUGGUCGUCGGCAUCCUCCAGAACGGCCUGUGGACGUACUUCUCGAUAAAGAACUUUAGCCAGAAGAAGAGCCUGUGGGCCGCGGGGCCCGGGCUGAUUGUCACGUGGCUGGUCAUGGCGAUGAGUCUGGAGCUGCUGGACUUUCCGCCGCUGUGGGGGUGUAUAGAUGCGCAUAGCUUGUGGCAUGCGGCGACGGUGAUGCCGGCUGUGUGGUGGUAUAAGUGA